CAGAGCAUCUUUGCCUCGCUAUCAGUUAUGUCAAAUCCAGUCUGCAGUUUAUCAGAAGGCACAGUUUAUGGAUCCCGGAUUGGGAUGACAGAGGACUCCCUCACCAUCUCGGAGCGAAACAGGGUCUCUGCAGAUCCCUGGGAUGUGGUGGAGACCAAGCCAAAUGUGGAAACCUUGGAGCGAAGCCUUUACCUCUCCUGCUUUGACAUGCUCCUCACAGAGGACACCGCCUGGUUGGUGAAAGUUUCUGAGGCCUCCCCGACCCUCGCUGUGCCAAUGACUCGCAUGGAGCCCCGAGAGGAACCAGAGCAGUGUCCGGUCAUUGAUAGCCAGGAACAGGGACUCUCUCCUGGGCUGGAGGGGCAGGAGGAGGAGCGCUCACUGGAGCAGAUGCAGAGCAUGGUGGUAGGAGAAGUGCUGAAGGACAUUGAAACGGCCUGCAAACUGCUCAAUAUCACCCCAGACCCCAUAGAGUGGAACACGGGGAAUGUCCAAAAGUGGCUGCUGUGGACAGAACAUCUGUACAGGUUGCCCCACGCAGGAAAGGCAUUCCAGGAGCUCACAGGAAAGGACCUGUGUGCCAUGAGCGAGGAAGAGUUUCGCCAACGCUCACCGCAGUGUGGAGAUACGCUGCACGCACACCUGGACAUAUGGAAGUCAGCUGCCUGGAUGAAAGAGCGGUGUACAGUAGGAGACACUAAAACUACUGGUGUCGAGGAGCUUUGGUCUGAGGCUGACUCGUCUUGUUCAGGACAGCCUAUUCACCUGUGGCAGUUCCUCAGAGAGCUUCUGCUCAAACCUCACAACUAUGGACGCUGCAUCCGCUGGCUCAAUAAAGAAAAAGGUAUUUUUAAAAUUGAAGACUCGGCUCACGUCGCGAGACUGUGGGGACUCCGAAAGAAUCGACCUGCUAUGAACUAUGACAAGCUGAGCCGCUCCAUACGUCAGUACUACAAGAAGGGCAUCAUUCGCAAGCCUGACGUGUCUCAGAGACUGGUGUACCAGUUUGUUCACCCAGUAUGA